GCCAGGAUUAAACAUAGUUGUAAUCCAUGGGAAACAAAGUCGUGUGUCUGAGCUGCGCGCUCACUUCUGAGUGAGAAGCAGGGAGCUACAGUGCAGCGUCGUGGACCAUGUAAAACAGCCGAGGGUUCGCAAUGGAGGCGACGAUAGUGACAGCAGAGCAGGAGAAGCCACAGAAGCGGGUGAGGUUCCGCGUGGCUUCGGGGAACAGUGGCCGGGUGUUGAAGGAGAUGUUCAAGGAUGAGGGGCCUUCAGACUCCCUGGAGUCCGACUGCACCAGCAGCUCUGACGCCGAGCGGGCCAGCACCCCCUCCACAAGUGGAGAUCCCCACGGACACCUGUACGGAUACCUGGGCUCGGAGCUGGAUGACAGUGAGUGUGAGCCUGAUGAGCUACUCAUGUACGCAGGGGCCACCAAGGACUGGAUGUUCAACACAAAGAGGGUCAACAUCCUCAGUAAAAAUGGGACCGUGAGGGGGGUCAAGCACAAAGUCAGCGCAGGUCAGACGCUGUUUGAAAGCCUUCCCAGUUGCAGCAGUGUGGAGUUGUCACUUGAGUUUGGGCGGAUUGUGAUCUACACGACCAGCUUCCGCGUGGUGAGGACCACGUUUGAGCGCUGUGAGCUGGUCAGAAAGAUCUUCCAGAACCACAGGGUCAAGUUUGUGGAGAGGAACAUUGCUCUGGACAUCGAGUACGGGAAGGAGUUGGAGGAGCGGUGCAAACGGGUGGGAGAACCUCCUUCACUACCUGUCGUGUUCAUCGAUGGACACUACCUUGGGGGUGCGGAGAAAAUACUUGGUAUGAAUGAAUCAGGGGAACUUCAAGACCUUCUGACAAAAAUUGAGAGGGUACAGCAUCCCCAGACGUGCCAGACCUGUGGGGGCUUCGCCUUCAUCCCAUGCCCGAUGUGCCAUGGCAGCAAAAUGUCCGUGUUCCGCAACUGCUUCACGGAUUCCUUCAAAGCCCUCAAGUGCACUUCCUGCAACGAGAACGGUCUGCAGGCCUGUGUGAGCUGCAGCCAGUGAGAUUUUAUCAUGUGCCUGACCCAGAAUCCCUCACUCACCUCCUUCUCUGGGACCUUAGGACCCUGAACUGGACUAGAACACAAGCAGAGACACACGAAACACAGCAGGA